AUGGACUACUACGAGUUUCCCAGGGAGAGUAGUUCAGCCUCCUCUUUUUCCAUUGCCAUUGAACGUCUGUACUCCGCUGGGCAGGGCUGGUGUGACCCCGUGACUCUGAGCAAGGCGCAGUCACGCCAGCUCAUCCUCUGGCUCCUGACGUCGCGGGGGGAUGGCCUUGAGCCUUUUGGGCUGCAGAGCUACUUCGCUGCCUGCGAAGACGAGACGCCGGCCAUCCGAAACCAUGACAAGGUCCUGCAGCGGCUCUGCGAACACCUGGACCAUGCUCUGCUCUACGGCCUGCAAGAUCUUUCCUCGGGCUACUGGGUGCUGGUCGUUCACUUCACCCGCCGCGAAGCCAUCAAACAGAUAGAAGUGCUUCAACACGUGGCCACCAACCUGGGACGCAGCCGGGCAUGGCUGUACCUAGCCCUCAACGAAAACUCCCUAGAGAGUUAUCUGAGGCUGUUCCAGGAGAACCUCAGCCUGCUGCACAAGUACUAUGUCAAGAACGCCCUGGUUUGCAGUCACGAUCAUCUGACCUUGUUCUUAACGCUGGUGUCCGGGCUGGAGUUCAUCCGCUUUGACUUGGAUCUGGACGCUCCUUACCUGGAUCUGGCCCCGUACAUGCCAGAUUACUACAAACCUCAGUACCUGCUGGACUUUGAGGAUCGCCUGCCCAGCUCCGUGCACGGCUCGGACAGCCUGUCCCUCAACUCCUUCAACUCGGUCACCUCCACCAACCUGGAGUGGGACGACAGCGCCAUCGCUCCGUCCAGUGAAGAUUAUGAUUUUGGAGAUGUCUUUCCAGCAAUGCAGACCAUGCCCAGCAGAGACUGGGAAGAUGGAGACCUCACGGACACGCUCAGCUGCCCACGCUCCACCGCCUCCGAGGCCAACAGCAGCAAGGCCUCGGUGAAGAGCCCGACGCAGCGCUACAACCCCUUCAACGAGGAGAAAGCGGAUGUGCCCUCCUCCGCCGAGACCACGCCGGUGCACACGGCUUCUCGGGAGAAAGCAGAAGGCACCCCUGAAGGGACGGACCAGUCCGAGAGCUGCACGGAGCUGGAGGUCAUCAGGUUAGCCAAGAAGAAGAAAGCGGGCAAGAAGAAGAAAGCGAAGCCUGAGGAGGCGGUGAACACCCCUGCGCCCGCAGUGCCCGAGACCCAGCAGGCCAGUGGAGACAGCGGCGUGAACGGGCUGAGCGACAGAGAGGACCCGCAGAGGGACGAUGGUCCCGCUGCCCCGGGCAGCCGGGAAGAGGGCCGCGAGGGCUCUGCCCUCAGCCAGCUGGCUUUACGCAUCCCCGAGAUGAAGGACACGUCCAUGGAGAGCGUGGGGCAGCCGCUGAGCAAGGUGAUGGACAGACUCAACGGGCAGCUGGAUCCCAGGGGCUGGAACCCCCCUCUUGAGCCCCCCGGGCAGUCCUUUCGGACCGGCACGCCAGGGGAGACCCCAGAUGGAUCGUCCUCUGGCGACUUUAGCAAGGGGAUUUCAGCCCCCAUGGACUUCUACCGCUUUACCGUCGAGAGUCCAAACGCUGCUGCAGCAGGUAGUGGCCACCAUGACGCUCCAGGGCCUGGCCAACCGCCACAUGUUCCUGAUAGCCCUGAGGCUCCUGAAGAAGAAAGCAGAGAAGGAGAAGCAGUUGGGGCAGUAGAAGAGUCUGGAGGGGCGAGUGAUGAAACCCAAACUGUCCAGACAGAAACCCCCAACCCCCAGGCUCCCCAUGAGCCGAAGAAGGAGCAGCCCAGCCCUUCCCCGAGCAGCGCCGAGGACUCCGGCGUGGAGGAAGGGCAGGGCAGCCCUUCGGAGCUGACCCAUCCCUCCGAGUUCAGGGUGGAUAACAACCAUCUCCUCCUGCUGAUGAUCCAUGUCUUUCGGGAGAACGAGGAACAGUUGUUCAGGAUGAUCCGAAUGAGCACCGGGCACAUGGAGGGGAACCUGCAGCUGAUCUACGUCCUGCUGACGGAUUGCUACGUGUACCUGAUCCGGAAGGGGGCAGCGAAGAAGCCGUACAUGGUGGAGGAGGCCGUUCCCUAUAACGAGCUGGACUACGUUUCGGUGGGGCUGGAUCAGCAGACGGUGACGCUGGUGUGCACCAAUCGGAGGAAGCAGUUCCUGCUCGACACCGCGGACGUGGCUCUCACCGAGUUCUUCCUGGUGUCCCUGAAGUCAGCCAUGAUCAAAGGGUGCCGGGAGCCCCCAUACCCCAGUAUCCUCACAGACGCCACCAUGGAGAAACUGGCGCUCGCAAAGUUCGUGGCGCAGGAGUCCAAGCGCGAGGCCUGUGACGUGGUGGUGCGUUUCUACGGCCUCGUUCACUGGGAAGACCCCAUGGACGAGGCGCUGGGACCUGCCCACAACAGCUACGCCUCUGGGGAGCAGGCGGUCACCAAGGACGGCAUCCUGCACUACAAGGCCGGCACCUCCUACCUGGGCAAAGAGCAGUGGAAGACCUGCUUCGUGGUGCUCAGGUGGGCGCCGGGGCUGCGGGGAAGGCAGGUGGAGGCUGUUUUUGGGCUCCCGCUAAUCUCCACCCUCCCCCUCUCUCCCAGCGGCGAGCAGUGCGGGGGAUGCCGGCGCUCCAACACCACCGACCGGCCCCACUCCUUC